CAGACUGCAGGACGACAACAAAACACAGCUGAACCUCCGCUGCUCCGUGAACUUGAAGACGUCUUGUGUUUUAUCAAUUUAUGCGCACAGCUCCUCCUGACAGUUCUUCUACCUCCGCUGGCGGCACGGUGAACAGAAAGAUGCACCUCUACUUGAGACUCCUUCCGAUUGUUGCUGCGCUCCUCCUGCCAGGAGCAUGGAGUCAGAGCGGCAGCAGCUCGCUUGGUGUGGUGGUGGAGGCCAAGAACAUCACCCUCCCUGCAGGGUCUAAGGCCGUUCUGCCCUGCCACAGCCCCCGCAUGGUGUGGACCCAGGACAGACUGAAGGACCGUCAGAGGGUGGUGCACUGGGACCUGGUGCGCAGCAGCCCAGAGUACUCUGUGGAGCGGGUCCUGGACAUGUCCCCCGGAGCCCGCCAGAGGGUCUACAACAGCUUCAACAAGGGACGCAUUUCCCUCCCAGACUCUGCUUUCAUUGACGGCAACUUCUCCCUCGUCAUCGACAAUGUUGUCACAACUGACAAAGGAGUUUAUACUUGUAAUCUGCACCAUCACUACUGCCAGAUUCACCAGUCCAUUCAAAUCCAACUCAAUGUCACUAAAUCAGCUCGAAAAGAGAAACGUUACUGGGAUGGAGAGAAGACAGUGUUCGUGGUCCUGCUGGGCAAGUCAGUGGUAUUGCCCUGCGUGAACCGCCGCUCCCUGUGGAGAGAUGGGCUCCAGGAGGAUCAGCAGCAGGUGGCUCACUGGGACUUCCAGCCUCCCGGCGUGCGUCCUGACCGAGCUGGCCGUCUGGUGGACCUCUAUGCCUCCGGAGAGCGCCGGGAUUAUGGGCCGCUCUUUGGGCAGAGAAGGAUGAGCGUGGAGGAAGAUGCUUUCACUUUAGGAGACUUCUCGCUGUCCAUUUCUGACUUGAAGCCCGUUGAUAAAGGCCUGUACUCCUGCCACCUGCAUCACCACUACUGCGGUCUGUAUGAGAGACGCAUCUUCAGGCUCAAUGUGGGACCUCCACUUCCAACCGCCCCGACUACAGCACCCAAGAUUUUCCAUAAUGAUGUGCCAGUGCCAAGGACUGAAGAGGUGGAGGGUCCACGUGUGGUGAAUGUCAUCAUCCCUGAGCAUCGCGGGUAUUUCGUGCAGCAUCUGGGCUACUUCCUGGCAACGUUCCUCCUGCUGGCGUUCAUUGUUGUCGCUGUUAUUGUGCUGACUCGACGACGCAAAAAGCGAGGGCUGGAUUAUGACCUGCGUCGACCUGAUCAGAGAAACACGAUCAAUGGAGGCGAAAUGUCAUUAGACUGCACAGAGCUGAGGACCUAUAACCAAGAACCUUUGAAUUCAGACUACAAAAACAACCUACUGAAAGAGAGAGAUUUGGCCAAAGACUCUAAUAACGACUUUGGGAAGCUGUGUAAGUGAGUGCAAUAUUUCUGAGAUGCUGCUGGCAGGUCCAGGGCAAACACCGGAAGAGUAAAGGACUGUGGAGAGAACGGGGAAAUAAAAGAGGAAACCCAGGAGAGGACAGGAGGAAUGCUCCCUCUGCUGAAACUCUUAACACACUAAGCUUUUUCACUAAAGGACACAACAUUUUUUUUUUUUUAUAUUACAUGCAUUUCACCAGCUCUCAUAACAAUACGGUUAAACAUAUAUUUGAUUCUUAUUCUUUGCAUUCAUUUAAUAGUUUAUGUUGAAUAUUAGGCUUUUUUUUCAAAACAUACACAUCUUUUACAAAAAUGCAUGCUGUUUAUUAAAGUAUGUUUUAUGUUUAUUUUGCAUGCUUGCAGAGCUGUGAGCUCGCAGCUUUUUGAGAUUUGAUCAUUUUCUUUUUUGCACAAAUUCUGCUGUACUGUAAUAUGUAAAGGAUUAUCAUCAUGUUUCAAAAGUAACAUUACUGUAGGUAGACAGUUGACAGUUAAGAACCACACAUUUCUAGCUGCAUAAUAAGACUCUAUUUUUCAAAACUUCACUUGGGUGAUUAUGUAUUUUAGAAAUGCAGACUUCCAGAUUUAAUUUCUUUCCCAAAUAAUAUUUUUGUUCACAAAUGGUUCCCUGGUAACUUAUCAAGUGAAAAAUAGAGAAAUUGUAUGACCAUGGACUAAAGGCUCAGUCUACCAAAACUCAGGUAAAAAAAUGAUCUUUUAACCAUUUAUUUGGUUUGAAUGGGCUGUGCAGUAGGCCUACUUGUUUGCAUCAAGCAUGCAUACAGUACCCAGGUCUGUAAAACACUGACUUUUCAUUACUAAACCUGCUGAUACAGGUAUAAAAUCUAUUAAAAAUGUGCGGUUGUAGCUCUAUGAGGUUUAUUGCAGGAAGAAGAGUGUCUACUAUCUCAGUAAUGCUGAAUCACAAACUGUAAUCCUAAUUCUCUCUGAUGUUGGUCUUCUAAAAAAAGAUAUUUUCUAUUAAAGAUUCGUA